AUGCUCUCCUUCACCGCUCUUCUUGCCCUUGUGCCUCUCUCAGUCAGUGCCGCUGCGCUGUCCAAGCGCUCGAUUGACGGCCCUGUCAUCACGGCGAACUUCCCCGACCCUGCCAUCCUCACCGUGAACGGCACCUACUUCGUGUUCUCCACUACCAGCGCUGGCAAACACGUCCCGGUCCAAACGUCGACCGAUUUUGUCAACUGGAAGCCGCUCGCCGAUGCGCUUCCUACGGUAGGGGCUUGGAGUAACGGACAUAACGUUUGGGCACCGGACGUUAUACAAUUGGGGACCGAUAGCUUCCUCAUGUAUUACGCGGCCGAGACCGCUAGCAGUCCCAACAAACACUGUGUUAGCGCUGCAACAUCCUCUUCACCUGCCGGUCCCUAUACCCCCAUCGCAGACGUUCUUGCUUGCCCCGUCUCUGCUGGUGGAGCUAUUGAUCCCGCUGCCUUCAUCGAUACUGAUGGCUCGCUCUAUCUCGCCUGGAAGGUAGACGGUAACAGCGUCGGCCACGGUGGGAACUGCGGCAACAGUGUCGCCCCCAUUGUGCCCACGCCCAUUAUGAUCCAGAAGAUGACGCCCAACGGCACCGCCUUUGCCGCCGGCAGCUCUGCCAAGCAGAUUUUGGACCGUAGCGAUGCGGACGGCCCGCUCGUCGAAGCCCCCUCGCUCGUUGAGAAGGACGGCACCUACGUCCUCUUCUUCAGCUCGAACUGCUAUAGCGGGAGCUUGUACGACGUCUCGUACGCGACGGCGCCGUCGGUACUCGGACCGUACACGAAGAGCGCUACACCCCUACUCAAGACCGGAUCGCCUUACGCUCAACUCUACGCGCCAGGAGGGCUAGACAUCAACCGCGCCGGCACACAGGCCGUAUUCCACGCCGACUUCAAUAAGACGGCUUCGGUUCGCCAGAUGUACACCGCGGCCGUCACCAUCAGUGGGACCACCGUUACUAUCUGA